UAAUUCUAAUCAUAAAUCUUCAUAAAACCCAGAGUUCACAUUAACAUGAAAUCGACCUUUCGUAACGUUCUUAUAGUCCUUUCAAACUCCUUAAACCCUAAUUGUAAUCAUAAAUCUUCCAUUUCUCUUCUUCAAUUUCGACGAAUCGCUGCCACUAGGGAUUCAGCUUCUCUCUCACCUCCUUCGUGUUUUAGAAACGCGUGCGUUCGGUUGAUGUGCUCAAAUUCUUCAUCCUCUACGGUGGCAGACAUUGGAGCUUAUACAUCCUACUAUUCUUCCAUGGAGAACCAAUUUGAGGAUUUCCGUCGUCGCCUUGAAGAAUCUGGAAGCUUACGGGAGCGCAUUCGAGCGGUUUCGUUGGAGAUGGAGUCCGUGACCCGGCUCAUGCAAUCGAGCCUCCUUCUUGUUCAUCAAUCUCGGCCUGUCCCAGAGGUCUUAGAGAAGGCAAAGGUUCAGAUUGAUGUUCUGAAAGGACUCUUCCAUCGGCUUGCUGAAAUCCUCCAGGAAUGCCCUGGGCAGUAUUAUAGAUAUCAUGGUGAUUGGAGGAGCGAGACACAAACGGUGGUCUCAUUGCUUGCAUUUAUGCACUGGCUAGAAACAGGAAAUCUUCUCAUGCAUAAAGAAGCUGAAGAGAAACUUGGAUUGGAUUGUACCGAGUUUGGUCUUGAUAUUGAAGAUUAUCUCAUUGGAAUAUGUUUCAUGUCAAAUGAAUUGCCUCGUUAUGUGGUGAACCGAGUGACAGCCGGGGACUAUGAUUGCCCAAGAGAAGUGUUGAAGUUCUUAACAGAUCUCCAUGCUGCUUUCCGGAUGCUUAAUCUCCGAAAUGAUUUCUUACGCAAGAAGUUUGAUGGUAUGAAGUACGACCUAAGAAGAGUUGAAGAAGUUUAUUAUGAUGUUAAGAUCCGAGGCUUGAUAACUAGUGGGGACUCCUCAGGAGACCAAGGAAUGCAGACAUAGGUUCCAAGCCGGAAUUCAGUCUACUACUUGCAUCUCUCUAUGUUCUAUCUACCUUGACAAACAACAUAAACUUUUUCUUCACAAUACCAUGGAAUUUUUUU